UUCACUUCUCCUCUACAUCUCUUUGGAUUUGGAGAUAGAAAGAAAAACAAGAAUCACACACCCAAUAAACCUGCAACAUCUAUACCAAAGUGAAUAUGUUGAACGAGAUGGAGAUGAAAAGAGGAAGAAGAAGAAUGGACUUUACCAGCGAGGAAAUGGGCUGCUGGAAAAAAUUAAAGGGCACGCCGAAAUCCGCCGAAGAUUCUGAUUUAUUCGAUGCCUUGCCUGAUGAUAUUGUCCUCUGUAUUCUCUGUAAACUCAGCUCCACUGCUUCCUGCCCUGCAGAUUUCAUCAGCUUUUUGAUAACAUGCAAAAGAUUUAAUGGGUUAGGACUCCAUUCAUUAGUGUUAUCCAAAGCUUGUGAGGAAAUGAUUUCAGUCAAAGCUAAGAACUGGUCUGAGUCAGCUCACCGAUUCCUCAAACUAUGUGCCGAUUCUGGGAAUGCAGAAGCAUGUUACACUCUCGGCAUGAUUCGAUUCUACUGUUUGCAAAACCGAGGGAGCGGCGCGUCUUUAAUGGCGAAGGCCGCGAUUAGUUCUUACGAGCCGGCGAUUUAUUCACUCGCUGUUAUUCAGUUCAACGGAAGCGGCGGCUCGAAAAAUGACAAGAACCUAAGAGCUGGUGUUUCACUCUGCGCGCGCGCAGCUUUCUUGGGCCAUAUCAACGCGCUUAGAGAGCUCGGCCACUGCCUGCAAGACGGUUAUGGAGUGAGGCAGAACAUCGCCAAGGGGCGCCGUUUCCUCAUCCAAGCCAACACGAAGGAGCUAGCCGCAGUUUUGGCCACGGAGACUCCGUCGGCUCAGAACGCUGGUUCGUGGCUUACGUGGAAUCCCCUGCUUCACCAUCGCUACGUGUCAGUCGCCGGAUGGACGUUUUUGAGUGACUUUGGGUAUAAUGUUCCGGUGCCGGAGACUCAUCCAGCGAACCGGUUUUUAUCCGAUUGGUUCUCUGAUUGUGAAGGAAGUCCUGGUCCGGGGCUCCGGUUGUGUUCCCAUUCGGGUUGUGGGAGGCCCGAGACUAGGAGACAUGAGUUUCGGCGGUGCUCUGUAUGCGGAGCAGCGAAUUAUUGCUCUCGUGCUUGUCAGGCGCUGGAUUGGAAGCUCCGUCACAAGGCGGAGUGCGCCACCGUGGAGAGGUGGCUCGAUGACGGCGGCGAAAUUGAAGCUAACGGGAUUGACAUCAAUGUUGACGUCAAUGGGAAUGCUGAGGCGAUGGAGAGUUGACGGUAACGGGCAGUUGAGUUUUUGAAAAUUAGGGUUGAAAAUGAAAAUUGAGGGCAAAUUUUGGGGACCAAAAUUGAAUUUUAUCUUUUGUUGUUGUCAAUGUUUUUGUAUAGAAUCAAUUCCCCUUUUUGCACAGCUCAAUUUUUUCCAUAUGAGAUGGCUUUAUUAUGGUCUCUGUUCAGGAUGACCAAAUCAUAUGGGAAGUUUCAUUUUGCUGC